AUGACAUCCAUAUCGUCUGAAAGACUAUCCUCCAGCAGGCUUGAGAAUUCGUUGUUCAUACUCACCAAGAAGUUUUUCGUGUAUCUAAAGCAGGUGUAUCCACGUGCAAUAGACACCAACGAUUUGGCACAUUAUCUAUGUGUGAGUAAACGGCGUGUGUACGAUAUUACCAAUAUAUUGGAGGGAUUGGGUCUGCUCAGGAAGAGGAGUGUAAAUAGUUUGGAAUGGAUUGGUGGUGAUUUCAGCACUUUUAUGGGCGAUGAAGCGGAGAACUGUGUGAACAUGGAUGUAGUCUACGAUCGGGAGAAGGAAAAUAUCGACAAUUUGUUCGUAGGCCAGUACGAUUCGAACAUCUCCGCGCUUGACCAGCUGAGCAAGGAGGAGAAGGACCUGGAUCAAAAAAUAUUCGUUCUGAACAAUAAAAUACAAAACACACUGCAGUUAGAUUCGAGCAUUAAGAAUGCGUAUGUAACACACAGGGACCUGCUGGGCCUGCCAAGUCUGCAAAAUAAACUUAUAUUCGCUGUUAAGGCACCACAGGAAACAUUUCUGGAAAACAAAGACUCCAAGAAUGAGUACAUGAUGGAAUUUAAUGCUAACAGCGAAAAGAUAGAUGUAUUUUAUGUUUCUGACGAGAAUAAGAGGAUGGAAUAAACGCUCAUAUCGUUCUAGCAUUUUUUGGUAUUGAUCCUGUUUUUGAGGUGGCUGCAAGCUGCUCGG